AUGCAGCUGCGAAAGAAGCUGCACGACGCCAUCGUCGACGGCGAAGAGGAUGAUUGUCCGAAACGCAAGAUCGUUCGUUUUUUUCCGGAUCUUUGUGCGUAAUUUUUGUGGUUUUCAGAAAAAAUUAGACCGCACUCCUGAUGCAUCACUGAAAGUCUUCAAAAACGAGCAUAUUGUACAUGCGAUCGUCGAUUUCAUCAUCGGCAGCGAGACGACCAUUUUAGAUCACCUGAACAUGAGGGUGCGCUUAUUCGAUUUCAGUUUCAUUCUCUAAAAAAUCGAUCAAUUUUCAGUUAGUAUGCAAGUCGUUCAACUCGGUGGUCGUCAGUCAACUGCGCACACAGUUCCGAUCUGUGCAAGUGAGCCCGUAUCCCUCACAAGAGUUCGACGAGGAGAACGAUUCGAGCGAGGCAGAAGAGCCGGAGAAGAACGACGUUGCACUUGAAGAGCGAUCAUUCCUGCUCAACAACCGUAUUAUUCAGUUCAGCAAAGCGGUCAAUUACUUCUAGUAAGUCGGAAUUCAAAAAGAGCUCUGAAAAGCUAAUGAAAAUGUGCUUUUCUAUCAGCAUUUUUGCAAUUUUGAUUACGCGCCAACCUAUUUCUCAAUUUUGUUCGCAAUGGAGCGCGUUUGCAUCUUUUUUCAAAAUCAACUUGCUUUCAGUUUUCUGAAUUCGGUGGUUCGCAUCCGCAUUCGAGAUCUUCUGUUCGUCGGAUUCGGCCACUACGACGAGAAUCUUCACAACUUUAUUCUGAACAAUCUGCUCGCCGACAAUUGGUUCUUUCUGAAUUCGUACAAAGGUUCCGAUGAGAUCUGUCCCGGAUGCGACAAAUGUACCACCAUCGCCUCUCGUGUCAAGAAAUACGGACCUUUCCAGAUGAAAACGCUCGUCGAACGUGCACCUGGAAAGAAUCACUAUGAUCACCUUAUUCUCACUGAAAUGCGAGUAGAAUUAGUUGGUUUUCGAGAAAAUCAUUGGCACUUUUCAGUUUACUAGCCGAAAUCGCAUCCCGCUGUGUUUGGAAUGUGACGAGCAGAGAGGAGGCGUUCGAACGUCUCGCCACACUCGUCAACACGGAUAUCACGUGCGACCAGCUGGAUCUUGUCUUCUCGGAUCGGGCCAUGUUCGAGAAGCACACUCUGACGCAUCCGCGAGAAGUCAUCGACUGUAUUGUGAGGAAUUGGAAGUGCAAAUCAGUGCAAAUUCGCUUCUUGACCGCCUUGUCAGCCAUUAACACAGAUUUGUGGACGAGCAAGGGCAUUUUUACCGAAAUGCGAUUCGAUCAGAACUUUGUGAAAGAGCUGCCGACCCGAUUGCUCCAUCGAAUGGAUCGUUUCGAGCGCGUCGAAGUGGACAUGUUCUCCGGCGACGAGAUCGCCAAAUGCUUCGCCCAAACGAUGGGAAUGUUCGAGAAGGGCGGCCAGUCGGCGACGGCGUUCCAGAACGUGUGCGCCAAUGUGAAACGGGUCUUUCCCACACAAGACAUGUUUCUCAUGCUGCCGCUGGAGCUGGCUCGUGUCGCCUCAUGCGAGUUUGACGAGUUCUGCAAAGCGCUGCUCGAGUUUGCGUGGAAGGACGAGCGAACGGCGCGGCAUUCGAGGCUCUACUUCCGUCUCUACACGUUCGGAAUCACCGAGAAGGAGGUGAUGCGGCAGGUCGAGGUGAGAAAAAAGAAAUAAGGGAAAAUGCGGUUCAAUUUCUUGUUUCUUCCAGAAAGAAUUCCGAAUCAACUGCCGUCCAGUGUGCGCGGUGCUCUCCUCCUCGUCAGUCCGUCGCUCGUUCCUCAACUGGCUCCCCUCGACCACUUCCACAUUCGAUCGCUCCCUGCUCUCAUUCACAGAUACCCUUAACAAUUGCGUGCUCCAUCUGGAAGUGUGCAUCGAGCCCGCCUAA